UAGAGGUGUGUCGAAUGUUAUAUGUCCCGGAUGUGAACUCGUAGAGAAUCUUGAUGACUGAGUCUGGCUUCUUGCCGAUGAGAGAAUUUGGCUGCAAUGGAAACGCUCGCGUUUGGCAGUCAAUAUGGAGUAGACGGGAGUUCCACUGGACGGGACAGUAACAAGCAAGAGAGUGAUUUGAGUCGAAAGUUGGCUUUAACUGCUGACUGUUUAGUGGAUCAUGAGUUUAAAGUUGAGAACGUUAACUGUGGAGAAUUUGCUCAUAAAGAUGAUGAUGAAAGAGACUACGAUGGUGAAGGCUGGUCUUGUGCACAAGUAAUUGCUUUCCAGAACGCUUUCUUUGAGGUUUUAGAAGAGCUACGCAUGAAGAGAGCAUUGAAUGAUGAGAACAAAAGGUUGAUUAAAACACUUGUAGCUGAGAGACAAGAAGUCGAGAGGAAGAUGGAGGAAGUUACGUCUCAUUCUAAAUCUUUGAGUGAUGAACUUGUAGAUCAAGAGUGUGUUUUAAGACAGCAAUAUGAGGAGAGAAUGCAACGAGUCGAAGAUGAAAAGAUAUUUCAUUCUCUUGCUUGUGAGAACCAUCAGAAGGAGAUUGCAGUGCUAAAGCACGAGAUCAGGCAGCUGCAGAUGGAUAAGUAUGACACCGAGAGACUAAACAAAGAACUGGUUCACAAACUGGAGCUGCAGAGUCAUUCAAGGAAAGUCUUUGUGAACCAGUUAAGUGAAAUGGAGAGGAAGUACUGUGGUAUGAAGAAAAACGUUUCUGAGCUGUCUAAUCAGUUAACAAGGCUGGAUGCUAAUGUGAAAGCUGCAAUAAAGCUGAACAGGAAGCUCAUGUAUGUCAACAGUCACCAAGAAUGUCAAGUGGCUGCAUACGAGAGAGAACUACAAAGCAGAAGUACAGAGAUAGUGUCGCUACGCGUUGAACUUGCCAACAAUGGUAGAAACACGUCAACACAACGAACAAAAGGCAAACUGCAAGUCUGUCAGUUGCAUAGACAAAGAACUAAAACGACAACAAGACUUGAGUAA